AUGCCAACAUCAGAGACAUCUUGCCACGCAAUUGGUUGUCGCACACCCCUAAUCGCAGGGGUUUGUCAGACUCGUGCUUUCACUCUUGGUCUUGGCAAGGCUCUUAAGCGAAGUGUCUCCCAAUGA